GUUACUACAUGGGAGGUUGAUGCUGAUCAGCUUCUUGUUACUGAAAAGAAGACCUUAGUUGUUGAGAAAAAGAUAAACAUUAGACAAAUAAAGGAACAGGGGGAAGCAGAAAUGCAGCCAACUGAAACAAAAGAGGAACCAGAACUUCAACCAGUCAAAGAAGAACAGGUUGAACAGUGUAUCUUUCAGAAUGAAGGGCAGGUCUUGGUGAAGCAGGAGACCAACACCGCUAUGGUGACACCUGGUGACGAUGAACCAGAACUGCAGCAGAUGAUGGAGACAAAAGAGGAACCAGAACCUAUAGAGAUGAAGGAGGAGGAGCCAGACCCUGUGCAGUUUAAAGAAGAACUGCCAGAAUGUGUUCAGAUUAAAGAAGAACAGGAGGAUAUCCUGUUACAAGAUGAAGAACAGCUUGUAAUGAAGCCUGAAACCAAGACUUUUAUAAUAACCUCAACUUGUGAGCAAAAAGACAGUAGUGAACCAGUACUAAACAAAGACCAGCUGCUCUCUGAAUACCACACUGAAUAUGAGAACCAGGAAGAUUCAGGAUCCAGUAGAGAUGAAGACCUGAGGACAGAGAGGAGACCACAGGACACCAGAAAUCACAGAGACAAUAUGGACAAUUCAGAACCAAAAACGCAAAACACUAAUUUGUCCUCUUGUGAAGUAUGUGGUAAAUACUUCACUAAGCGCAAGUACUUGACAGACCACAUGAGAACUCACACAUGGGAGAAGCCAUAUACUUAUAAAUUAUGUGGUAAAUCUUUUACUAACCACAGUAAUAGAGCUAAACAUCUGAGAACUCACACAGACGAGAAACCACAUCCCUGCGAACUGUGUGAUAAAUCUUUCAGACAGCCUAAUGAAUUAACUCGUCACUUUAGAACUCACACUGGUGAGAAACCAUUCUCAUGUCUGACUUGUGGAAAAGAUUUCACCCAACAGUCUAACUUGAUGGUGCACUUGAGAUCUCACACAGGUGAGAAGCCAUAUUCAUGUAACUUUUGUGGUAACACUUUCAGAUAUGGUGGUCAGUUGACUAUUCAUGUAAGAACCCACACAGGCCAGAAACCUUUUUCGUGUCUGACGUGUGGAAGAGUUUUCACCAAGCAAAGAGCCUUAACUGAACACAUGAGAACAGGAGAGAAGCCGUAUCCCUGUAAGUUGUGUGUUAAAUCUUUUAGAAAAAGUAGUGCUUUGACUUAUCAUAUGAGAACUCAUACAAGUGAGAGGUCAUGAAAUAUGA